AUGCUCGCCGGCGAGGACUUCCGAGGUGAUACUGCAGGGGCCCCCAAAUUGUGCGAGAGAGCCAUAUUCCGCGUGCCAUGUCGCCAGAACAAUCCAUGUCGCCAAAGUGAACUUGCGGCAGCAUGUGCCUGCACACGCGGCUUUGCCCAGUCCAGCCCGCCGGCCGACCACUCCAACAUCGCCGUGCACACGCGGCUGGUGGGUCACUCCCGUGCCAUCACCUCCGUUUUCUUCAACCUGCUGGAGGACCAGCUCGUGACCACCUCCAUUGAUAAAUCGGUCCGAUUUUGGAACGUCGACACGGGCGAGAUGCUGAAGGUCUUCACAGAUUCGUCUCCAGUACCAGUUGCGGCAUUUUUGCCCUUCAACCCGCAGGUCUUCGUAGCUGCGAACUCCAAUGCCGUGCUGCGCCUGGUGAACGUGCAGAACGGCAUGGUGCUGCAGAAGUUGAAGGUGGAGACGGAGGUGCGAACCCUGAAAUUCGAUGACACUGGCCUCUUCCUUUUGGCUGGCACAAAGAGUGGCAGUAUCCACGUGCUGGAGGCGACGGAUAACAACUCCCUGAAGUUCAAGUUCAAGGUGCAGUUGGCCAGAGCUCCUGUUGGAUCAAGUUGCUUCCGGCUUCGCCCGAAAGCCGGGAGCGCCAUGGAGGGCGAGGAGUUGCAGAGGCGAAGGCUGGACGAAGACUCCAAGAAGCUCUUGGAAACCGAGGCGGCCAACCUUGCCUCGUACUACAGCCAGCUGGCUGAGGACAAGAAUGUGAGCCCUAAGGUCCGGGAGGCAGCAAUGCUGUACUCCGUAGCUGAGGAGCAUUUGCAGGACGAUGAGGUGGAGGAGGCCCUCUCAAAGGCCGGCCAGGCGUUAGAGCUCUUCAGAGAAGCCGGCAACAAGGCAGGGCAGCAGGACUCCGUGCGGCUCCUUUGCGCGGCCGAGCGCCUGAAGCAGUCCCCGGAUUUUUCCAUCGACAAGGUGCAGGCGGAGUUGCGAAGCUUCCGCGAGAGCGACGACAAGAGGGGCCAAGGCUGCAUGCUGCUGGCACUGGCAGAGACGCAGCUUGUAAAGGCCUUGGCAGGGGAAGCGCUCAGCAACAUCGAGGAGGCGUUGCCACUGCUGAGGCAAGCGGGGGACAAGCGCCUGGAAGCCUUCGGCGCCGUGCUGGCGGCACGGGCCCAGCUGCGCCGGUGCCAGGCCAAGGACGCGGUGCUCUCCGCAGAGAACGCGGUGAGUUUGUACAAGGAAGCCGGCGACAGGAUCGGGGAAGGAAAGUCCUACAACUGGCUGGCGCUGGCGCAGAUGGACGCCGGCCGGCCAGCAGAGGCGCUGAGCGCUGCGCACAUGGCGCUGGAGAUCGCCCAGGACUUGGAUAGCCACAAGCUGCAAGCAGGUGCCCUGCAGCUCCUGGCGAAGGUCCACGUCUUCAAGGAGAAGAGCCGCGCCGCGGUGCAGUUCGCAGAGCGGGCGCUGGCGGUGAGUCGCAAGGUGCAGCGGUCCAAGGCCGAGGGCGGCGCUCUGCGGCUGCUGGUGAACUCCCUGGUGCAGAGGGGCGACCUCAAGCGUGCGCUCAAGGAGGCCGAGGGCGCUGUGGAGGACUACGAGGCCAGCGGCCACAAGCGCGCCGAGGCGGCGGCCCACGGCGCCUUGUCGAUGGUCCGCCUGGCGCGGAAUGAGCUGGACCUGGCGGCCAGUGAGCAGAACCAGGAGCUGGAUUUGCUGAAGGAGCUGAACGACAAGCAUGGGCAGCUGGAGGCCAUGCUGUCGUUGUCGAGCAUCUUCGCGUCCAUGAAGAAGCCGGGCCAGGCGAAGGAGAAGGCGGAGGAGGCCAAGCAAAUGGCGGACGACAUCCAGGACAAGAAGGCGGAGGUGCUCGCCACGGUGGCCCUGGCCACUGCGCAGAUUGCGGAGCAGAAGCACGAGGAUGCCGCGAACACCGCGCAAGAAGCACUGCGCGCGGCGAAGGAGACGGAAGACAGGCACUUAGAAGCCACGGCCUUGACGGCGAUCAGCAAUGUGUACUGCGCGAAGUCGGAGUUCGCCUCGGGCGUGGCCAAGCUGCUGGAUGCCAAGGCACUGCUGUUGGAGGCCCAGGACAAGCGCGGCGCGGCGGCGGCGCUGCUGAGUUUGGCGGAGGCGCACGUGGCCGCCAAGGCGCCGGAGGAGUCCAUCGCCUGCGCGGAAGAGGCCAAGGACCUUUGCCGUGAGGUGGACUACAAGAGGGGCUAUGCCGAUGCUCUGCAAAAGCUGGCGGCAGCUCAUUUAGCCAAUGGCAAUGAGAAGGAGGCGAUCAAGCAAGCGCUGGUGGCCAGGAAGUAUUGCAAGGCCAUUGAGGAUGUGCGUGGAGAGACUGCCUUGCUGCAUUUGUUGGCUUCCUCAAGCCUGCAACGAGGAGACAAGAAAGGGCAGGACCUGCAGAAGAUGGACCCCAAGAAGCAGAUGGAGAGCGGCCCGGGCAUCGAGGCCAAUCGCCAGCUCCGGAACUCCGCCCACGAGGCCGUGAAGCGGUGCCGCUCCGCCAUCGCCCUGGCCAAGCGGAACGACGACCCCCACGCGGAGGCCUCGGCCAUGGCGCACCUGGCGCAUGCCCUGGCCAUCCUCAACCGAGGGCAGGAGGGGCUCGCGACCUGCAAGCGGGCGGAGGACCUGUUCCGAGAGUGCGGUGCGGUGGGGCAGCAGGCCAGCGCCGCCUGCCUGAGUGCGGAGAUCGCCAACCUCAUGGGCAACAAGGGCAAGGCCAUGGAGCUUGCCAACCGCGCGCUGGAGCUCGCGAGGCGCGCGGAGGACACGGAGGUGGAAGGCCGCGUGGGCGGCGUCAUGGAACUCAUCAAGGGUGUGCAGAAGCAGCAGGUGGUGCAAGAGGUGUACGAUGACUCCAUGCCGGCGGCCGGGCCAAUGGCCGCUUCGGCCGCGGGCCCUGCGGUGCCCAAGGGUUUGGACCCAGACAUGGUCCAGACCAAACUCAUGAGCGUCGUGGAGCAGGUCGCCGGCGGGGACGACGAGGUGCACCUAGACACGCCUUUGAUGGAGAGCGGCUUGGACAGCUUAUCCGCGGUGGCCUUCCGCAACGAGCUGAGCAAGACCUUCCAGGGCAUCGGCGCGCUGCCUGCUGCCUUGAUGUUCGACUACCCAUCCGUGAAUACAUCGGACUCUUCUGCUUCGAUCAUCGACUGCACCUACGGGCCUCAGCCCGGCGUCCUGACCAACCUGGCGGUCAGGCAUCGAGUGAGAAUAGCGCACGCACUUUUGCCUUUGAAGUGCUGCUACUCCCCGUCUGGCCAGGGAUAUCUCAUCUCAGCAUCGGAGGACAAGGAGGUGUACAUCUACAACCUGGGGAAGGGGACCAACUACAAGAUGAGCUAUCUCAAGCACCACCAGGUGCCGGUAGUUGCUGUGGCAACCAAUCACCAAGACACACUUCUCGCCAGUGCCGACUCCUUGGGGCGGGUGGUGCUGUGGAGAAGGAUUGGCAUGGGCAAUGAGCUUGGGAGGGAGAUCAGCAGACUUCGGAAGCCAAAGCAGCGGAGCAUGCGCCGAACUUUGCGGUGCGCAGGAUGGAUUUCUCCCACAUCCCGGAUUAGAUCCUCAUGCCCGGCUGCCCUUUGCGUGUGGAGGUUGUGGGGAUGCAGAAGCUGGGUUGGAGCCAUCUUAGGGUUGCAGAUGGCGCGUCAAAACAGUUGA